AUGGCAUCCGAAGUUGAGGUCCGGACUUCUGCGCCUGAGGCUGUAGCGCAGGAUACUGUGGCUACGAAGCCGGAUGAUAUUUCUAAGUCAGAGAAGGCAGCUGGAAAAGACAUGAUACAAACAACGGAGCUCCAGAACCCUGAAGCCAGACCACCAGACACAGAGAAUGCCGGCGACGUGCCCUCGCCCUCUUCAGACUCGGUCGACGAGGGCGAGUACACUGGUUCCGACCGCGAUUUAUCCGCCGAGCCCUCUAGCAGCUCCGAUGCAGCCAGCAGGAACAAAGAUCAGAGAGAUUCCAUUCAACCUCCUCUUCCUAACGAGCCGCUCCCGGAUCAACCUCCGUUGCCCAAUGAGCCUGUCCCCGAUACCGAUCCAUCUGCUCCUCCGCUCCCAGACGAACCGGUCCCUGAACAACCCGAAGACGACGGUUGGGAAUACCAUUGGAACCCGAACGACCAAUCCUACUGGUUCUACAACCGCUUUACGGGCGUCUGGCAGCAAGAAAACCCGCGUGUUCCAGGCGCAAAUGGACCAGCUGCUACAUCUACAGUUACAACAACAGAUUCUAAAGUCGCAGGCGACGGCGACACAAAGAAAGCCUUGAGCAAUCCCGCUUCCAUCGCUGGCGGCUACAAUCCGGCGAUCCACGGUUCCUACGACGAGAACGCAUGGUACGCGCAAAACUUCCGUGCCGCGACCGACCCGUCUGCGACGACGUCUUCCGCAGAAGUCAUUCUGCAGCAGUACUACCAGACCCAGCAAGCGGAUCAGCAAGAUUACGUGACGGCUGGCUUCUUCAACCGGCGCACGGGUCAGUGGCAGGCUGCAGACCAGGGGCCUGAGCGGCACUCGGACGAGGCGCGGGCGCGUCGACAGCUGCGCGCGUACUUUGACAUCGAUGCUGCUGCGAACAUGCAUGAUGGAAGGAGUUUGAAGGCUGAGAGGGCAGGGAAGAAGCCAACGAGGGCGGAGUUGAAGAUGUAUAAGGAGAAGAGAAGGCAAAAGAAAGAGGAGAAAAGGCGGGCAUGGCUUAGGGAUUGA